AUGGGUCAGACAUUUGCUAAAGAGUACAAGGAAUCAAUAACCCUGGCCUACUAUUGUAUUAAUACCUUUCUUACAAUCCUCGGCUUUGCAGCUGGAACCAUUUACUUAUGGUACAGAGAUCGAAGGGACCAGGAGAGGCGUGCAAAGGAGGAUAUGGAACACCAGGAGAGGCUUGCAGAGAAGGAUAGGAAACACCAGGAGAGGCUUGCAAAGGAGGAAAGGGAAUACCAGAAGAGACGUGCAAAGGAGGAUGGGGAAUACCAGGAGAGGCGUGCAGAGAAGGAUAGGAAAAACCAGGAGAGGCUUGAAAAGGAGGAAAGGGAAUACCAAGAGAGGCGUGCAAAGGAGGAUGGGGAACGCCAGAAGAGACGUGAACAGGAGAAUCGGGAAUACCAAGAGAGACGUGAACAGGAGAAUCGGGAAUACCAAGAUAGACGCGACAGGAGAAUCGGGAACGCCAAGACAGACAGAAACAUGAGGAUCAGGAACGCCAAGACAGACGUGACAAAGAAGAGCGAAGAGACCAGCUGAGGCAAGA